CAAUCACCCAGUACAAAGGUCCGAAUGGAGCAAAGUUUACAUGAGGAGUCAUUGGACAUAAGAAUUAUCUGAUAGCUGCUGGCUCCUAGUGAAGGAAGCAUGCAUGUCUAUGAGUUCAACUCUAAAAAGCCAUUAAGCUCCUAUACCUCGUUUAACUCUGAUGUCACUUGAGUAAAGUUCUCAUAUGAUGAAACCAGAAUAUUUGCAGGCACUUAUGGAGGGACACUCUAUGCGUAUAAUUACGAAAGAGGGAAAAUAUCAAAUACUUUCAGAGGCCAUCUCACUCAUUGCAGAUGUGUUGUUAGUCAAAAGCAGGAUAUCUUCAAUUAUGUUAUCUCAGGAGCAGCUGACACCAAUGUUAAGGUAUGGGAUAUGAGGCAGAAAUCAGCCAUUGCAACCUAUAAAGGGCAUAAUAAAGGUAUAAUGGCAGUCGAUGUCUCUCCUGAUACUAAAUAUAUUGCCUCUGGCUGUUCUGGAGGUGUAGUUAAAAUAUGGGACAUUACAGCAGGAAAAUGAUCAAAUUCCUUUGAUGUGAAGAAGAUCAGCGCCUCAGAGAAUUGAUUUAUCAAAGAUAUCAAGUUCAACCCUGCUGAUGUUUGUAUGGCAGUCGCCUCAAGUGAUAAAGUAAUUCGGUAUUACGAUGCGAUAUCUUACGAAUUGAUAAACGAAUCUAUUCCAGAUGUCCACCCUCUGUCAACAGUAGACUUUAAUCCAGAUGGAGAUGUAGUUAUUGGAGCUUACUCUGAUUCCUUAAAGGUGUGGAACAUGGAAGACAGAAAGCUAGUUUCUCUAGUCUCAAAGACUGCACGAGCGGUCUUCGAUUUGUCUUCAGGGAGUAGCACAGGUUACACUUUCCUCCUUGAAAAUCUGAACGGGCAGUUAGGCUUAAGUGAAAUUGCGACCAGUUUAAUCACUUCAAAGGAUGAGCAACAAGUAGAAAACUUCGAAGAGGAGAAAUAAGGUUGAUAAAAGUUUGAAUAUGGGAAAUGGUUAUCCUGCUGGAAACAAAGAAGAAAUAAACUUCUAUCAGCCUGGUAAAGGCCAAAUGGGUUCUAACAACUAUGACUACGAGUAUAAAUUUGAAGAUAGUAAUAACCUUGAUAAUCCUGACGAGUUCAGUUACCAAUCGCCGAAUCUUAAUAAGGAGAAUUCAAAACCAAUAACUAAUGAAGGGGCUCAAUUGCCAAGGAAACUUUCUAGAAAAUAACAAGAGUCGAAAGAAGGUGUUCUGAAAUAAUGCGAAAGCUAUGAUCGAGAACCCGACUGGGAACAGUAAGCCAAUGCUUGGCAGAGGACCUACUGGUCCACCUCUUGAAAUGAACUCAGUCCUUGCAGGGAAAGGGAUAAACAGCCAUUUUGAGCCCAAGCCAGUCACUAAGGCAACAAUAAUGCCUAGUGAGAACCAAAAAUUGACAGAGGACAAAAUUAAGAACUUUGAGGAACAGAUUAAUGACAAGUAUGGAGACAUAGAUAUUGAUAAAAGUGCUGUCAGCAGUCUGUAUGAGGUACCUAUAGAUCAACCUGUAGGACUAAAUCUCGAGAAGUUCCUAAAUAAUGUGUCAAAAGGAAUCACUUCAUCCCAAACCUUUACUACUAUAGGGAAUGUUCCUUCAAUCGAAGAGCAGAGAAACAUCAUCGAGGAUGUGAUCAAAUCCAACAAAACAACAUUGAGUAUCUUAAGCUCUCGAAAGAUUCAUUUGGACAAUAUAAAGCAGAAUUGGCGACUAGGGGAUCUCUCUAAAACUCUUAAUUCCAUGGUAAUCAACAAGGACACUAGCGCAGUGAUGGAUUUCUUCAACAACACCUUCGUUGUAAGAGAGGGUGGGCCUGACCAAGAGACUGUUCGGAAGAAUUUAGGAUUGGUGAAGAUCACCAAUUGACUGUCACUACUAUCCCAUAUCUAUACUUUGUUGCAGACAAAAUAUGAAACAUACCUUCUCUGUGGCAUUAAAACUCUCAAGGUAAUCAUGCAGCCAAUCUCUGAGAUCAUAUUCAAGUGCUCCAAUGACAUUAAGAAUGGGAUCGAAGUGGCUGGAGAGAUCAAAAAUGAUGAGAAGAAAAGAAGACUCAAGCACUUAUUUAAGCAACUGACUAAGAUAGUCAACUCUUCAGCAAUAAACAAAGCCAAAUUAAGAGAGAAUAAAAGUGGGAAGAUGUUCAGGGAGGUACUCCCUGAAAUUGAGCUGUUUCUCUCGAAAUAUGAUAUUUCUUCCUAA